AUGUGGUCAACUAAAAGUUAUGAAGAAAUUCAAGAACAAGACCAACAGCAACAUCAAUCUUAUGAUCCGUUCAACCAAAUGCUGUCAUCGAAUAAUAUAUCAAAUAAAUAUGAUUGGAAAAUGAAUAAUGCUCCAUUUCUUUAUGAUGAGUUUCAAAAGCGAAUGACUGAACGUUGGUUAGAUCACGUUAACUGGCAUACUUUAGGUGGUCCACCGAACGAUGGUUCUAUUAAUGAAGAAAACUGCACUUUGUCAUUUCUUAGUAAUCAACUACGUAUGGGUUGUACCGGUGCCACUGUGUUUGUUACUGUCACUGUUACUGUCGUAAGAUUGAAAAGCGAUAAGAAACCCUUCGAAGAACUAUGCGCUGAAUUAGCUGAACUGGAUAUGCCUGCUGAAAACAUUGUUCUGAAUCGUCGGGUAGGUCAAGGCGCAUUCGGCUUGGUGUUCGGCGGUGAAGCUAAGAAAAAUGACUUGUGGGAAGCAGUCGCUGUAAAGGUGAUCAACGAAAAAGCAACCUACGAAGGCAAAAUUGAUUUUCUUUCUGAAGCAAAAUUGAUGCGUUCCUUGAAUCAUCCGAAUCAAUUUGUACUUGAUCAUGGAAUUGAUGCUACUCGGGGACCUAAAGACAUAUUUAUUAUCCGUAGAAUUUUAGCUCAAAGGUCACCAAAUCAUGAAGACAUACGACCACCAACGCUUACCAAAAUGAGUAUGGAUAUUGGUCAAGGUGUAGCAUAUCUUCACAGUAAACAUUUAAUUCAUCGAGAUAUAGCGUGUCGAAAUUGUCUUGUUGGUGCUGAUCGCACUGUGAAGAUUGGCGAUUUCGGUUUGACUAGGCAAGCGGCUAAAAAUACAUCUGAAGUUUAUUAUCGUUUUACACGGAAUUGUGAACUUCCGAUUCGUUGGAUGUCACCUGAAGCGGUUCAAUUCGGUGUAUUUAGCAUUCAGUCUGAUAUUUGGUCGUUUGGUAUAACCUUGUAUGAAAUCAUAACCUUUGGUGUAUUCCCUUAUAAUGGUCUAGGAGAUGUUGAAGUUGUUGAACGUGUUAAACGUAUGGAAUUCAGUAUAACUGAAUUUUUACCUCCUCAAGCAGUGAAUACCGUAGUAUGUAAAUUAAUUAACCACUGCUGUAAACAUCAAUGGCAACAUCGACCAUCGUCAAUGAAUCAAGUUUUGGAAAUAUUGAUGGCUUACCCGGAUUGUAUUCGGCCUUUUUUAACAGAUGAUCCUCCCAAACCGAAUACAACAAUGGAUGCAUUACCAUUCCAACCAACUGUAGGUACUUGUAUAAUAUCAGAAUCUGCAAUGACUGGUCUGGCUGCAGUAGAUAGUGUCGGUGGUGGUGGUUUUCGUACAAUGCGCAGUGCUUCAGCUGCAGCUGUCCCAAUAUCUUCUUAUACACCUUCACCGGUUCCGCUGAAUCUUCCUGAUGGCAGUAGUGAUAAGUAUUAUGGUCGUGAAAAGCGUUUUAGUGAACAGACGAAUCUUCACGAUAGUGCAAUAUUCAAUCACCAGUCAAUUUUUGAUUGGCCUGGAAACUGUCCGUCUCAUCCAUAUGCAAACACUUCAUCCAAAGCAAGAAUGAUUUCCUGUGAAUCUUAUCAACUUCCGUUAUAUUCUGAAAGACAAUCAACGUUUCCUUUGCCUAUGGAUGUAAGUAAAGAUCCCAUAUGCAAAUCUGUCGAACCCUCCAAUGUAUUGGGAUUUGAAGACCAUACUGGAUCGACUGCUACUUCUGAUAACACUAAUAAUAAUAUGUCUCCCAAUGUUCUAUUCAACCUAUCAACGAGUCCUGUUUCCACUACUAGUUAUCAGUCGGCUGAUGAAAAUACUCAUCUAAUUGUUAGGUCUUCUGAAUACACUGAUCAGGUUGUCUAUUCUUCUGGUACUACUUUAAACUGUCGUAAACAAAAACGUUCAAAUGCAUUUGUCAUCAAUACAAAGCCAGAAGAUUCCGAUGAAUUGAAUAGUCUACUAUCCGAUCAUCAAAUUCAGUCAUCUUCAGACCGUAUUUCAAGAAUAAAUACUGGUGAAUCAGGUAAAUCAUGUACCCUGACGUCUGUAGGUGAAGCUCUACAUGCACAAUUCUGUUUGGCUUCCAUAAAAGGAUCUCAUUUUGUUUCUGAAUCUAAGGCUCCAGUCGACAAUCUGUUGAGUUUUCAUUGUCUUAGACCUUCUUGUUCUUUGAUGAACUUAUCUACUCCGCAUCCUGAUCGGCAGUAUGUCAUUGUUGUUGCCUAUGUUGUUUAUUAUUCAAUAUUGGUGCGACAGAGCUUGCACGAGGUAGGAGUACUGAAAUGGAGGGUUGUUUAGUAUUUUGACUACCGUGUUGUUGUGUGACAGCAUUUUGAAGAUAAAUUGAAAUGCACCUAUCAGUAUUCUCUUCAUUGAGGGAACGAUCGUCGAAUUGUGAUAAUUGCAUUUCAUUUGUUAUUCGUUACCUAGCAGCUGCUAAGCUUAAAAGAAGUGACUCAGAGGGCCAAUCGCUAUCCUUAGGACUGUUAGACUUUUUUCACCACAAGGUGAGAUAAAAGGAAGUGGAAAAAUAAU